ACUUGUCAAAUUCGAAUAAUAAAGCGGUUUAUGUUAUUUUAAAAUUUUGUUUCAAGUAAGCUAAGUAUGCCUGCAGAAGUAAUUAGUCUCGCGAACGUCUAUGCAUUUUUGAAAAAUGCCUACGAUUCUAUAGAUUUUCUUUUGGCACCCGCUCCAACCUACAUCCAAUCUUUGACGGAAACAGAUUCCAAAAUUGUUUUCGUUUACAAAUAUGAUGAGAUGCGAAGUAGAGUAAUGCUCACCGAUGGAAACGUAUAUAGUCCUAAAACAAGUAACACGUCUCAGCAAAAUUUAGAUUUAACCGGAUCGCCACUCAAAGAUGAUGUGAAACUGGAGGAUCUCAACAUUUCGGAUGAGCAGGGAUUAAUGAUCUGUUUGGAUAAUCCAUGGUUGGAGAAAGAAGAAUGCUAUACACCCAUCCCAGCAGAGAAGGCACGAGCAGUUUUGCAAGAAGUGCUAUCUAACAAAACUCUCGGUUCCGGAAGCCUGUGGGCAUUGUGCGAUGGACGCGAUAUGGAUCAAACUGUUCUGCUUCAAGCUGAAAUUAACGGAUCGAAUAAGUUCACAAGAGGGGUCGUCAAGCUCUUAGGCUGCUUUCCGGAUGAUCAGAUUACAAUGGUCAAACUACAGCGAUGUCACGAGACCAAUGCUCACGGGACAACUAAAGAACUGGAAACAAACAUCGAUUUGUGGCAUAAAAUCCAAUCUCAUAUAAGUAUCAAAUUACAUUGGACAAGCCACGCCAAGCAACCUUCGUUUUGCAUUAACAAGAAGGCCGAUAUAUUACUACGGCAGACAAUUCGAGUUAAUGACACACAUUCAGUCGCUGAGUAUUUUUGGAGUCAAAUACAUUUGCUGGAUCAAAUUAAGGAAAAAAUUCUGCAUAUUCACAGUGAAGGCAGAUUGAACUUUGGGAACGAAUCUUUUGCCGGAUCACUUGAUGUGGAUUUGAUCAAAGAAAAAGUUCACAAGAUUUUGACUGAAUUUUGUAUGGUUGAGUCAACAGACUACAAGUUAGCUCAGAUAGGAUCGAUAGUUGAACGUGUCAAAAAUAGAACUGCAACUGAUGUCACUGAUAGGUUGUGGAGUGUGCUAAAAUAUUGCUCGGGAUAUGAAGAUCUGAAGGAUGUUCUAACAUAUAUUUUCAAGGCGUCUUCUAAAAGCAACCUCGCGAACAUUCCAAGUAACAAUAAUCGAUUGGCGCAACUUAUAAAAUCUAUAGCUCAAGGACGACUAGCCAUUCCUAUGCUAAGCGGAGCGGAACCACUAGAACUGCUGUUGGAAAUUGGUUUAGAGAAAAUAUUCAAUGAUUAUCAAAUCAUUUUUCACGAGAGCAAAAUAUGUAAUUUGGAUUUAGCAAAUGUUGGUAGAAAUGAAACAUCCAAUGGUUCAAAAAGUAAUUUACGAGCGUCCAGUAUACGCAAAUCAAUGUACGAAUCCGUACAACCAACGUCGACGAAAUUGUCUCAAACCCGGAAGACGGCACUCCUCUCUGGAACCGGAAGCACAGAUUUAGAUGAAGAUGCUGGAGCAAUUCGAAAUAGUUAUUUCAAUGCAAACGAUGCUAAUUUUAAAAUAGGAAAAUUGGCACAAGUUCAUUUAUUAUUAGAGCAUUUGCUGUCGAUCGAAACUCAUCUAAAACUCAACAGUAUUUAUGCUCAAGUCGCUGAGGAAUACUUUUCUCGGGCUACAGUCAGUUUUGAAGAGUUGCAGUCUCGUAAAACCGAUCACUUGGAAAUUCCCAUUAUGAAUAAUAAGAUCAUCGAACUAGUGGAAAACUCUGUUCCCUAUAUUAGAAAAGUACGAAUGACUAGUCGAAAUAAGUUCCGAUCAGUGCAAAGCACAUUCUAUCAAAGCACAGAUCCAAUUUUGCCAACGAAUUUGUUUACUCAAUUAAAGGCUGUGUCAGGUGAAAUGAAAAAUUCCUAUUGGUGUCUGGAGUACACUAAAAUAACUAAUAUGUGAGUUAAUUCAACCGUGAAAUCAUUGUGAAAAAAUCGAAAGCAACGGAACUAGUUCACACAAUGAAGCGUCAAGUGGAUCUUAAAGGAAGAGGAAUACUCAUUAUCGGUAAUAUUAAAACUUAUGUUUUACUUUGGCACAAAUUAUUUUACCGAUAUCUUGAAAUUGUAAUAUAGGAAUUUGAAACAGUUAUCUCGGUUUCUUGGCUCUUAUAGAAGCUCAUUUUUUUUUGCGAAAGAAAUUUGGUUUACGAUUUCAAAACUAUUAAUUAUCAUUAAAAAGGGUAACUUUAGUUUGAAAUACUGAAUAAGAAAAAAUCAGCAUGUUAAAGGGAAUAUUGAUUACUUUUUUUGUUACUUCUUAAGUUUAGCUUUCUUCUUUUUUCGCGUUGUGAUUUCUUUG